UUUCUUAGAUACUGGGCACCAAAUUGGGUGCAGCAGUCCGUUUGCAAAGCUGGUGAAGGCGAGGGUUGUGCUCCUUCUUUGUUCUUCUGAAUUCCCUCUAAGGAUAUCUCUUGGUUUCAAAAGAGGAAGAGACUUUUUUCUUCUGCGUGAUAUUUGCAAUGCUUACAAGACUCCUCCUGAUGGAUUCUGAACGGCAAGCGGCCUGCUCCCUUGAGGGAAAUAGAGCUUUGCUUUGUAAAAGGGGAACUGUCACCUAAACCUUUGGUGAGGCGUUGGGACAGAGUCCAACCAGAGGAAUCUUGGGACGUUGAUGCUAUGGCGAAAACUGAUGAUGUGAUGAAUUUUUUUCUGGCAAAAGCACAGAACUGAUGCUUCAGACUCUGAAGAGGCUUUCGUUUCAUUAGGAAUAAAAGGAGUCACGAAGACAAAACAGGGAAGUGGAAAACAUAUUAAGUACAGCUUGGCUGGACAAAGUAUCUGAUUAAAGCACACAAUUAAGUGGUAUUUAAAAGGGGUGUUUUCUCACCACAUCACCAAGCCAUACUGUGCUUGAAUCUGCAAUCCAGUGAACUGCUUUGAACAUAUCUCAAGAAAUUGCAAAACUCUGUGUAACUAGAGCUGAGGAGCAUUUACUUUGAGAUCUGUGGAUCCUCCUGGGAGAAAGGAACGAUGGGUUUCUCUGAAAUUGAAAAGACAGAGCAAAGGCUCCACAUGAAUCCAGCAGUAGCAGAGAAUGGGGAAUGGCCUAGAAUCAUAAUUAAUGGAAGCACCAAACAAGCAGGAGAACUCUUCUCUCCGAAACCAGGCCAUUUUCCACAUGGUUUGAGCAAUAAUGGAAAAGAGAAACUCGCUUUUAAUGUAAAAAACCUGAGCUUGGUGCUUAAUGUCAUUCUGAUCAUUUCCAUCAUCAUCCUCAUCAUCCUCAUCAGAAGCACUGGUUUAUCAGGGAGAAGUGCAGUAUUGCCUACCGCCCUACCUUCUCCUUCCACUCCAACUGAGUGCUGUCCGGACGGCUGGAUUGGCUACCAAAGGAAAUGUUACUAUUUUUCGGACAGUGACAGAAAUUGGACUUCUAGCCAGAAUUACUGUGCCUCUUUCAAUGCCUCUUUGGUCGUGAUUGACUCCCAAGAAGAGAUGAGUUUCUUGAGACGAUACAAAGGUCCUGCUGACCACUGGAUUGGUCUCCAAAAGAUGAAUGACCAGGGACCUUGGAAAUGGAUCGAUGGCUCCAUUUUCAAUAACGGGUUUGAAAUUCGGGGGGGAGGAGAAUCUGCGUACAUAAACCGUCAAGGUGUUGCCAGCUCCAGCAGGCUAAGUAAAGAACGCUGGAUCUGCAGCAAACCAGUUCACAGAGGAGAAAGGACACUAGCUGUGCACUGAACAUACUUCUGACUCCUAUAGAUCACACUCAAUGAGGUACACAUGAUCUGCUGGCCCCCUGCAGCUUCCACAACAGAAGAAAGAGAUUGGGCUAUCCACCCAAGCUAUUGAACGUGUGAACACUGCUGGAGGAAAAAACAACAACUGGAAUUUAUUGGGGUGUUCUAGAUUUAGUGUUUGGUGCAGAUUUCCUUUCCUUCAGAAGAGAGAGCGUAGGAGGAUUGUGCUGCUUUUAUAAUAUUCUGCUAAUUGAUGAAAGAGGGCUGAGAAACUAUGAGUAGUUUAACACCCAACCUUCUGCCCUGGGAACUCUGGGCAUUGCAGCUCAGUGGGGAAGAUAGGGUCCCAUCUCACGUUUUCCGGUCGCCAU